AUGGGCGCGGCGUUCAUCUACAACCGUCUGAUCAGAGGUGAGUCCUGCAGAGGUGACGUCAGGCAGAGCUGGAAAAGUUCAGUUUCUACCUGAACUAGUUUAAAGUUCAGGUCAUCGUUCAGAAUUCCACAUAAAAAUGAAUUAAUUUAGUUCUUUUUCUUCACUUUGCUGUAACCACAGAUCCAGAUAGAACCACAGACAGAAACUAUUUUAACACUGAAACUCGUCAGAUUAAUCUUCAUCUCCAUUUUUGAAUCCUGUUCAAACCAGAUUUACAGCAGAGAGGUCAGUCCUUUAGAUUAACGGUGUUUACCUGAUGUUCAGUUCAGUCCUCACAAACGUUCAUCUCUAGAGUUUAUUUUCAUAAACCUGCUGCUUGAUGGUUUUUAGACUCUUUAUUAUAAUUACAACAACAACACGACUGAAGGCCUUCAGUUUGUUUUUUUUUCAUUUUUAUACUUUUCCAAACCGACUGACUAAAAAGAAACCAAAACAAAUACUGGAAAUAACCAGCAACUAGUGCGCUGCUAAAAUGACCUUUAGCACGCCGCUAAACGAGCGCGAGUCGUCGUUCUUUUAUGUCACGGAAAAGUGGAGAAAUUAAAAAUAAAGAUGUCAGCUGUAGCGAGGAUUCAGAUCCUUUUAAAGAGAUCAAAUAUCGUAUUUCUUUAAAUCGUCUGAAAUUAAAUCUUCUCACAGGAAAGUUUAAACGCGUGUUUUCAUGUAAAGGCGCCAUAAUGACCUGUUUUAUCUCAGUCAACCAACCGCUGCUCAGCAGGAAGUGAACCACGAUACACCCCUCCCUCCUCCGCCUGAAUAAAGUCGUUCAGAAGUCGUUCAUUUUGUUCUCCAUGUCGUUCACUCACUGAUUCAUGUCGUUCAUUUGCUGUGAGCGAAUCACGAGACUUUGCCCGCCCACUCGCUUACUGGCUGUGUGUCGUUCGCCAAAGAGUCAAAGGCGGCAGUUCCACUCCUGACCGACACGCCAGGUUCACAGCUGAGCUCAACUGAACUGAAAAAGGAACGAAUCAGGUCUGAGAGUGAUUCAUGUCGUUCACUCAGCAGUUCUGUUCUUUUGAACGAAUCGUUCAUGAACGACACAAACACUACGGCGUGUUUUAGCCGCGGUUUCACCUGGAAGAUUCUGGACAUCAGACACACUUGUGAACGGAGUUUAAAACGCCGCUCACAGACGCCAGAAUGAGCGCGUUCAACACCAACGCGUUCAGACGCAAAUAAAGAACGAUACGCCCGAAAUAUGAACACGUUCACGUACGCAACACGGACGUCAGGUACAAACUUUUGGAGGUUUUGCUUUUAUAGGAGGAGAUGAAUCAAAUUCAGGUUUACCUGUGGUGAUGGGGUGAAAAAGGAGUUUAAUGAGGAGGAGGAGGAGGGUGGAGGAGGUGGAGGCCGAGUCACGGGGGGAUGGUGUUGGAAGAGUCCCAUUGUCUUUCAGAUUAACAGUAAACUCUUUCAGUUUGUCUGUGAGCUGAAAGUCGUUCAUGAAGAGAGAGAGGAUUCAGUCUGUGAGAGCUUAAACUGGAGUUUAAACCGGUUUAAACUGGAGUUUAAACCAGUUUAAACUGGAGAGGAGAGGAAACCAGACGAGAGCGCCAUGAUCGGCAAAGCCAGGAGGAAAGUCGGAGAAUUAUCCGUCCAUUUAAUCUGGUAAACAAAAAAAUGGGGAAAUGGGGACGUCAAAAACCCGAAAACGAAAAUUAGAUUUAUUAUUUUGUUUUCGUUUCCUUCUCUAAUAUAUUUUCUGUUUUGAACUGAAAAUAUGAAAACAAACAAAAUUUUUUUUUUUGGUUAUACAGAAAAAUAAAUAAACAAAAUAUUGACUCUUUUUUCGUUUUUUCAUUUACUAGAUUGAAUGGACAGAUGACACACGGACUGAGGAAAGUUAGUCUGUUACGCUCAAACAUAAAAACCUGAAAAAUCCUGAAAAUAUUCAUGAAUCUUGUUUCUUUAAACUUUAUUCUUUGGUUUUUAUGCAGGUUUGUUUUUCUAAAUCCAAGAGAAAAAACUGAAUGUAGAAAAUCAAGUUAACCCUUAAAUGUCUUUUGUAUCAUAUUUGAUAUCAAAUCAAUAUGAUCAACAGAUUACUAAAAAUCACCUGAAUACAGUCUGAUCAAUGAUGAAAAUGUCCUCUUUUAGUUUAUCAGUUUCCAAAAACAUCUAAAGUAUCAAACCAGAUCAAUAAAUAUAUUUGUUAAAUUUUAAGGACAUUUAGAUUUUUUUGGUUUGAACAUUUCAGCUCCAAUAAAAUUGAAUUUUCUGGCCAUAAUUUGUGGUUUCAGACAUUAAGGAGAAACCAAAAGUUCUGACUCGAGUCUCGGCGCGGCGCCCCCGCGGAGAAAAACGUCUUUUUCUGUGACAGGAGUCCGACGCAGCAGCAGCAGAAGAAGAAGAAGAAGCGGAGUGAGCCGCAGGAGUGUGUCGAUGAUGAGUGUGUUUGUGGAGCGUGAAGGAGAGUCGCUUUCCCAGAGGCCUCAGCUGUCUGCGUUAACUGGUCUCUGCUUUUACCCAGAAUGCCUCAGUCAUCCUCCCUGUGCUGAAAAUAACACGUGUGUGAUUCUGAGACGAGUUCGCUCAGAGGCGUUGAGAUGAUUUGGUCAGAAAAGCUGAUAAAACAUCAAAAUUAAAGGGCUAUUCUGAAAAUCAUCUGAAAUCUCCAGGCCUGUAAACCUCAAAUUAACUCGACUGUAAAAUCUGUGAAAUCAAAUUAACGCCAUAAAAUCUUAAAAUGACAGAAACAGAACGAUUAGAGCGGUCCGGUGGAGUUUUAGUUUUUACCCUCAGAGUCAGAUAAAUGUCGUAGAUUAUGGUGAAACUCCUCCCUCUCUUCCCUCUCUUCCCUCUCUUCCCUCUCCUCAGUCGGGUUUCUGACUCGGUCGUUCCCUGAUUGCGGCUGAAAGUAAGAGGCCUCGGGGUCAAAGGUCACGGCGCCCUCAUAAUAUCAUUAACCCCCCAAAGAGCCUCCCGCUGAGACCUCAUCAUCGUCACCAUCAGGACCUGUCUCUCCCUCCUCUCUGCGUUCAGAUCUUCCUGUUGAAUCUCAGAUCCGAUCCGCUUAAUUAACCCGCUUCUUGUUUUUUUUUCUCUUCAGCUCCCGUCGCCGUGGAGAUCCUCGGGGACCAUCAGAAGUCGGUGUCCCACUUCAGAGACACCAGCCGCCGUCACGCCUGCCCGCUCCGUCUUUGUUCAGCGGCUCCUGAAUUAUGUGAGUUUGACGCGUAAACGAGCGCCGUGAUCGCUUUGUACUCAAACGGCGUCCUCCCCGUCACGUUCAGGACGGCGUGUAAAUCAGACGCAGGUUUUCUCUGAGCGCCGCUCCUCUUUGUGCUUCAGUCAGGACUCGGUCUGAUAGGGAGCAGGUUUUAGAGUCUGUGUCUAAUAGUCUAAUAACCGUUAAACGUGAGGCAGCUUCCUCUACAUCAGUGAAGGUCGCUGAUUGAUGAGACUGACCCGCAAUUUUCACCACAUCCGGAACGGCGGAAAUUUCCGCUGUACGCCAAUUCCUACUGGAUCCGUUUGUGAGGCGAAUUUUGAGGCGGAUUAAAGACGGCGGUAAUCACAAGAACUCGCAGAUUCACGUUCAAUCGUGCGAUAACGAGUUGUCUCUCUAAAGACAGACACAUAGACAUAUAAGCAGUAGAUUGUGUCCUUCCAGAGGAGGAAAUCUACUUCUAGACUUCUAGGGCUCUAUUUUCGUGCCCGCCGGCAGCGAACCCCGCCAGUGGUAUUUUCGUCUGGCGGAGCCCGGUGCACAGACAAUUCUGGUAUUUUUGCGUGGUGGCGCGGCAGGGGGAGGUGUCGACAGAAUCAGCUGGUGCAGCAACAUUUUCGUGGUCGCCACCGGCGUGGAAAGUGCGCUGAAAGCUCGCCGAUUCAAACCUUUCAGCUUUCAGCGCAGCUGGUCUGGUGGUAUUUUGGUAAACCGGCGGCGUAGUGCGAAUACGUCACCGAUGCCUCACCAGCAGGUUUCCACAGAGUCAGGAACAUUUCAGUGAAAUAAAUAACAACAACGAUCAAUAAUCUGAGUCAGCACAUUUAGAUCUAUAGAUAUAUUCUGAUCGAUGUCUGAUCUGAUGAGCGCGUUUGGACACUCAACCUGACCGAAUCAACACAGCUGAAACUGUGAGGCACACAAAGGUGCAGGCAGGGGGCAGAAAGAGGGACAUUUCUUAUUUGUUUACCAGCGGAAUCAACGGAGAAAGAAAUCGACAAAGAAAAAAAAAGACUGAACGAAUCGACAAAACAAACAAUCGGCAAACAUUCGGACCUGGAUCCUGAUAUCAGAAACAUCUAAAACAACGUCACAACCUGGAAAACUGAGUGAAGUUCAUGAACAUUUCAGGAAGUGGUUUUCAAGACGAGGCGAUUUUUCAAUGAAAUGAUAUUUUAUUACAACUGUUUCAGGGAGAACUUCCAAACAAUUCGACGUCUUCAUUGGUAUCAGUUCACUCUGAAGCAGACUUUUGCCCCCUGGUUUCAUGCGCAUCUAUUACAGGAACUAAAGAGGCCCUGAUGUAAACCCUUCAGAUGUCUCUAUAAGUAAGAACCUGAAAAUAAACCUUCAAAUUCAUCGACAGUCCGGUUUGGUGGAGCAGAGUGAUGGACGGAUGAACAUGAGAUCCUGGAAACACCAAAAAGACGAGCUCUCUGGUUUCAUGUCGCGUUCACUGACCGCUGGUUUUCACAGAGGUGCAGCUGUGGGAAUCAUGGCCUCCAGGUUCACUCUCACCUGAGAAACCUGAAGCUUCUCUCUUCUUUGUUGGUGUGAGGAGUCGAGACUUCAUUCUUUGUUCGGUCUCAGACGGACGGUUGACGGGUGAUAAUGUCGGGGGGGAGGAUCGCAGCUACAGGUGCUUCAGAAACCAGCAGGAACAUCACGACCAGGUUAAUAUCAGAGUCAGAAAAGUCUGAAUAAACAUGGAAACAAACACAAACUGAAGCUCCGAACAAAGAGAACACACGACUGUAAUCUCUGCUGUCUGUCACGUCUAAAAACGGCGAACAAAGCUCAUUAACAAAGAGGCUGAAAGAGACGCCAGACGACGGAGAGACGGAAAUAAAACAAAGACACAAACAUAGAACACAAAUAAACAGACAGAUGGAAAGAUGUUGGAACCAUAAAAAAUAAUAGAAAUCCAAAUGAAUGUUGAAUAAGUAAAACACUACAACAGUUAGACCUUUACCUAAAAUUAAAUAUGAGAAAUUUACUUAAAAAAAAUAGAAAUAAAACACAAAAUAAACAUUUACUGAAGUGAAAAAAGUUCUUUAUAUUAACAGUAGAUUUUAAAUUAAAUAUGAGAAAUUUACUUAAAAAAAUAGAAAUAAAACACAGAAUAAAUAAUCACUAAAGCGGAAAAGUUCUUUAAUUUUCAGAUUCUUUUUCUGAGUUUAAUAUAUACAUUUUUAUGUAAAAUAUAAAUACACAAGGGCAUUAAAAUAUGUUAUCAUUCUAACUAUAUUCUUAUUAUAAUUAUGUUUUAGUAAGAUAAUUAUGGAAUAGAAAUGAUAAUAUAUCAAUAUUUUAUACCAUGAAUUAUUACAUCUAUAUAUGUAAAAGACCAGAUAAAAUGUUUUGAAAAUAAAUAUGACCGAUAUUAAUUUUUCGUUACGUAAAAACAAAAAAAAAUAUUUUUAUUCUCUAGAAUAUUUAUAUAUAGUUUAACAGAUUGAUCAAAAAUAUAAAUCCAGAUUUUUGUAAUUUGGUUUUAAAAUUUUAAUAAUUAUAAUGAAAUAAAAACUCAGAUUCACCAAGAAUGAUAAAAUAUUCUAAAUUCAACAUUCAAUACAAUAUUUAAAAAAAAGCAUACAAUACAGCAUAAAGUAUUUUUUUUUAAAAACAUUAAAUACAAUAAAAAUCUAAAUACACAGAGAUAAAAUAAUAGAUGAAAUAGAUAAGAGGUACAGGCCAAGUUUAAAGUUUUAAUCUCUUAUUUAUACCUGAGGAGUAGAAAUCUGAGACAUUGGUAUAAAAAAGUGACUAAAAUGUGAAAACAGAGAAUUGCAGGAAGAGCUACACAGCUGCAUAAAAACGAAACGUUGCUGAAUGUAAAUUAAAGUUUUUAAAGUAUGAACUUUUGUUGGAUGUUUUGUUUUUGAUUUUACUCAAAAUAUCCUCGAUUAAAUAUUUAAACACAAAGACAGUAAAACAUCCAACAGAAACACCACGACGUCGAACUUACUUUGACUUUGGAAUUUCCCACCGUGGGACUUACAAAGGAAUAUGUUUUCUCUUAUCUUAACCUUAAUCUUAACCUUAACCGUGGGUUAAGGUUAAGGACUUGUUUUUCCUCAUAUUAAUACCUGUUUAUAUUAAAGAUGAUGAGGCCUUUUUAACCCCAGUUUAAAACCUUUUUCAAAUGCAUCAUCAUUAAACUCUGAAAUAUCAGCCACUGCAGAUAAUAAAGGAGAGGGAGAGAAAAAGAGAGAGGGGGAGAGAGAGAGAGAGAGAGAGGUGAGGCCUGAAGGUGAAAGGUUUAGUGUUUUCCUCUGGAGGACGUUAGGACCCAGAGGAAACAAUCAGCUCUUCACUCCGCUGCUUUAUGAAACUUGUGAGGAAAUGCAUCUCAAAUUACCUCCUCCCCCACGGACUCCCCCUCCCUCUCUGAAGAGUGUGUGUGUGUGUGUGUGUGUGUGUGUGUGUGUGUGUGUCAGACAGACGUGGAGGAGGGAGGGAGGCGGAGGUAUCGAUUGAUAAGCUGAGUGAGGUCGAGCUGCAGCAGCAGCAGUUUGUUCCCGGUGUGCUCAUCAUGUUAAAGCGGCUCUGCUGCACCAAAUUAAAUCUGUGUUUUUAAGGAUCCUGACGACCUUUUCACCCUUAUUUGAUCUGAUUAUUAUUAUUAAAACCUCAGAUAUGUACCAAGGAUCCGGUUACUUAAUGCUCUGUACAGUACUGAAUAUAAAUGAAUCUCCUCCCUGGGCUCAAACUGCACCGCCAUGAUUUUCUCGCAUUAUCCAAAAUCAUGUCUUUAUUUCAUUUAUUCAAAAAAAAAAUCAGAUUUUUUUUUUUACUCUUUACUUCCAAAGCCCACAAAUUUUACACACUCUGUACUUUUGAACAUGAACAAGUUUAAAUAUGUAAAGUAGGAUUCACACAAAAGCCUAGAGACUCAGUAAUAUCACGCUAAUGAAGCUUCAGUCUCAUAAUAUCACAACAAAUACAAAUAUCAUGAUGAUGCUUCCGUCAAGAUGCAUCAUGAUUACAAAACUGAGGUAACGCCAUAGAAUUUUCAUCAUCAGGGUGCAAUGUCAGAAUACAACACAAAAAACACUAUCACGAUAAAACACAUCACGAUAAAACAUUAUCACAAUAAAACACUAUCACGAUAAAACACUAUCACGAUAAAACACUAUCACGAUAAAACACUAUUACGAUAAAACACUAUCACGAUAAAACUAUCACAAUAAAACACUAUCACAAUAAAACACUAUCGCGAUAAAACACUAUCGCGAUAAAACACUAUCACGAUAAAACACUAUCACGAUAAAACUAUCACAAUAAAACACUAUCACGAUAAAACACAUCACGAUAAAACACGAUUACGAUAAAACACGAUUAUGAUAAAACACUAUCACAAUAAAACACGAUUACGAUCAAACACUAUCACGAUAAAACUAUCACAAUAAAACACUAUCACGAUAAAACACUAUCACAAAUAACACUGUUACAAUAAAAACACUAUCAUGAUUAAACGCUAUCACAAUAAAACAAUAUCAUGAUACCAUAUCAUAUGUCACUGUAGGCUCAAGUCAUGAUAUAAAAGUCACAAUAUGACAUCAUUAUCAUACUGUAGUUUUAUGCCUAAUUCAUGAUGUAACAUUUCAUUAGAGUAUUUAUUUCACAAUACAUGUAAUACUGUCACAAUAUGACAUCAUCAUGUUUCUUAAGUCUUAGGCCCAAAAUGUAAUCAUGAUACUUAAAUCCUGUUUUAGGUGUUGUUAUAGUACUUAAGUAUAUCACAAUACUGAAGUUUCAGUGUAGAAGUAACAAUAUGACUAUAAGUCACGAUAAAAUAUAAAUACUGUGAUGUUUUAUCAUAAGAAACUUUAGUGGUGUCUCAGAUUCAUCGUUAAACAGUAAUCAGAGUCUGAUCUCAUCGACGUUUAGAUAAAAUAAAACUUUAGACCAGAUUUAAUCAUGACAACUCAGCAAUAAUACAGAAUUACUGAGAUACUUAUGAUCAUGCACAUCUACACACCACAACAUUAUCACAAUAAUUUAGUCACAAAACAAUACUGUCACAGUUUCACAACAUCAAGUUAUUUUAACAGGAUAAAUAAAGUCUAAGUUACUUUAUUGACUUUAUCAUUAUAACCCAACGUGAUGAUAAAUAUACAGUUUGUAUAUAUUUAAAUUGUUCAUUUUUUUUCUUCUAUCACAUGUAGUUUCCGUAAACCAGCAUAAACCAGGUCUCUGCUGGGAUCAGGUUUUUCCUGAGUUCCUGGAUCAAGGUGAACCUGAUCCUCUCAAACGUUCAGAAAAACACCAGCUGGAGAUUUCAUCCUGAUAAAAACCAGGUUCAGGUGUUUCAUUCAAAUGUUCCCGCUAACACACGGGCCUGCAGUGAACACUGUGGCCUGUAGGGGGCUCUGGCAGGGUUUAGGCUGCUAAACUGGAGAAGAUGUUUCUGGAAAGCAGCUCAAGUCUUUGUGCUGCUGGUGUGUUUAUGAGCUGAAUCAGACCCUCGGAGGGACUUUCACCGCUCUGACUCAGCCUCAGGAGGGUUUGAUUUCCACGCCGACUGUGGAGCUGCACAGAGAGAAAAACAGGAAGUGUGCAGAGUGAGCUGGGCCGGCCGACAUGCUUUAGAGCCUGCAGGUCGUCUCCUGCAGCUCGUCUCGCUCCACGCAAACACACACACACAGCACUUCCUCAUUCUUCACAUUUCCGCCUGAAGCCAACCCACGACAAACAUUUGUUUUUGAGCUGAACAGGCGGACGCUGAACGCAGCCUGAGAGGGGAUGCUGCUGGAGCCGGAGUCUGCUCCAGAGAGAGCUCCAUGAGGGGAACCGGGUCCUUCUCACAGAGGGACCUGAGGAUGGCGGUCUCUAGUCUGGUCAUUAAAGCCUCUAUGACCCCAUCAGACCAGCUCCAGAUCUGCUGGAUUCUGUUGGUCUGACCUCAGAGUCUCCAGCUGCUCGUCUGUUUCCAAAAACAUUUUAAACUUUUGUUUUAGGUUUAACAUUUCGACUGACACAGAGUUCAACAUUCAAUUUUAGACUUUUUUAAAGGCCCCAAAGACCUGAAAGUCAAACAUUAAGAUUAAAAUAUAGAUACAAGAGGCAGUUCAGCAUUUUCUUUAAGCCUGAAUCCAGUUUUUCGACAUUUUUCAGGGUCAAAGUUUUGAAAGAACUUCAGAAGUUUUCUUCAGCCUGCAGCAGUGAGACGGGCUGUUAUGGUGUCUGAGUGGUUCUGAUGGAUCAGAGUUCAUGUUUUUGUCUCUAAAAGACUUGAUUAUUAUUUUAACAGUUUGAAUUUAUCAGAAAAAGGAUCCUAAAGAGAAAGAAAGAAAGAGAGAGCUGGUUUUUUUAAAGAGGAAGGGGAUUUUUUCAGCCACAAAGGACGGUUACAUAACUGUUACAUAAAAAAGACCAAAAUACGAACAGAUCAAUAAAAAUACUCAAAUGAAUAAAAAACAUAAAAUAAGACAAAAAUAAGCAAAUAUAGUAUAUAUAUGUAUAUAUACACAUAUAUGUAUAAUCAUACGUAUAAAAAUAUAAAUAUGUGAAUAAAUAACUUAAACGAUUAAACAGCAACCAAAAUUUAAGAAAAUAACUUUGUAAAAAAAAUAUUAAAAAAGAUCAAACAAUACAUUUUUAAAGAUGGAAAAAGAAAAAUAUACCUUAUAAAAUUAUUUAAAAAAUAAUUAAGAACUAAAUAAUUAAGAAAAUGAAUGAAUAAAUAAAGAGUAAAAUAAAAACUAAAAGUAUUAUUUACAAAUAGAAUAAAAAUAAAUAUUUAUUAAAAAACAAAUAAUUGAAUAAAUCGAAUAAAUCGAAAAAUUUCUGUAACACAAAUAAAUUCAGUCAUUAAGAUAAUCAAUGAAAAACAAUUUUUUUUAAAAUCUAAAGAGUUUAUCAAUUGUAGAUAAAUACAAUCGAAUAAAUAAAUUAAAAAUAAAUAUCGAUUUUUUUUCCCCAGUGUAAUAAGCUGCUCUCUCAGAAACAUCAUCGAUGGUCUAAGUCUGUCCAUUAAAAACUCAAAUAUGUGUUCCUGAAUUUUUUUGUAACUCAUCAGUUUUCUAUGUUUUAUAUACUUCGGAGUGUGACUAAUAUGACAGAUAGGGGGCGCUGUAGCUGUUAAAGCCCAUCAUAACUCUGCCUCUUUGCCUGCUGUUAGGUCAACCAAAGUUAGGUUGAGUUUACGUUUCCAUUCUAAAUAAGAUACGAUCGGCAAUUCGUACUACUUUGUCCUCAAGGGGGCGCCAACAGCCAUAAAGUUAAAGAACCUCAUGAUAUUAAAUAAAAACAUUUAACUCCAAGUAUCCGUGCAGUUACACAAAGUUCCACUAGGCUCCCUAUACAUGUAGCUAAGCUCUGAUUUUUGGUUAGUGCCUUUACAAUAAUCCUGCAAAACCACAUAGAACACUUUAAAGCGUUAAAGAAAUCACAGUUUUGUCAAACUAGCACAGCUACGAGCUUAAGUUUCAGAUAAGGUAUCUGACUGGGUUAGCAGGUCUGCUAAAACGAAGGGAAACUGAACUUAAACUUAGCGGUUUAUGUGAGAAGAAACAACUUCUCUGUGUAGAUGUGUUUGGAGGUAGAUCAGAGGUGUUGGAUGAAGUCAGGAUAUUUGACUCAUGACUCUCAGUUCAUCCUGAAUAUGUUGACAUGUAUUAGUAGUUGUUUUUAUAGUUAACAGUAAGUAAACAAACAAAUGAGUGAAUAAAACCUCAAAAACGAUGUGUUUUGUUUGGUUUGUUUUUUUAACCAGCAACUGUGGAGGGUAGAGCUUUAGUUUGGGACUAUAUUUAGAGGCGGAUGGAUCCACUUUCGUAGUUUUUUUUAAUGAAUUUUUCAACUUUUUUGAACACAGUGGAUCUAUCUGGAUUUGAUCGUAUUCUGUGUGAAACACGAACAUAGUUUUUGUCAGAACACUGAGUGGUUUCUGUUUUUGUUCCGGACUGUAAACGCUGAUCCGACUCACUUUUGGGCCAGCCUCUAGUGGACGCUGGUGGAACUUCAUUUUUUGCGACAUCUGCUUCGCUGCUUUGUUUCAGGGCUUAAUGAUUGAAGGUGGAUUUGUUGUCGAGACGUUAGUUUAGUCGGGGUUUUAAGGUGUAAUUUUGUUUUCUCUGUCUAUUCACAUUGAAGGGCUGAACAAAACUGCUUUUAUACAUCUUUAUAUAUCUUCUGAAUUUAAAAAAAACUCACUAAAAAAGUCAAAAUAUCUCACUCGAUGUAAAAUAAAGAGAACAAACCGAGAAACAAUGCCCACACAUGAACUGACGUCUUCAGAAAUCCAACAUGUCUCCAUUUGUUUUGGGAGAAUGCGUUUGGUACGGAGUCAGCACAGUUCAUGUUUGUGUAUUUCUCAGGACUCGGCCCUCUCACCCUUCAUCAUCAUCCCCUCCUCCUCCUCCUCCUCCUCCUCCUCCUCCUGCAGUCAGGACUCCAUGUAUGGUCUGAGGGGAAACGUCUCAAACCUCCAGCCACCAAAAAGCCUCCAGCAGGGAGUGACUCUGCUCUCCCCCGAGUCUCAGAGGGCGAGUCCUUUAUUUUUAGACAGCCAGACUUACUGACUAUUAUGAGGGAGGGCCUGUGUGUGUGUGUGUGUGUGUGUGUGUGUGUGUGUGUGUGUGUGUGUGUGUGUGUGUGUGUGUGUGUGUUUGCCUCUCUGGGAGGAACUGUGAUGGAUGGAUCAUCAUGUCUGUUCUUGUUGGUUGGGGCCUCCGUUCUCGGCUGAAUCAGCUGCUCAGACCUUCAGUCAGAGUUGGACUUUUAACACUUUUACUGAAGUGCUCUGAUAAUAGAGUCUCUGCUUCUGAAGGAGACUCUCCAUCUUUCCUCCACCGUCAUGUUUGAAGCAGAAACACGGCUUUAUUUCCUUCAGUGUUUGCGCGACCUCGAACUUUGAAGGGGAGAUUCAGGCCGAACUGAAAAACUCGACUUUUUUAUCCCCUAAAGACUUUGGCGUCCUUUAAAGUUAUCUGAAUCCAACACAGUGUUUUAAAACAAUUAAAGUGAUUAAGGUAAAGGUAGACCAACAACUCCAGUGUUCACUGAGGUAGAAAUUCUGUUUCUGUAAAGUUUACUUUAAAAGAAAUUUGACAGCCUUCUCAAAUUGAAGAAAAGAAAAAACUAAAGCUUCUUUCUGUGGAGAUCCACCAGACCUCCUGGACAAAAACUGCGUUUUUAUCAGAGAACACAGGAGUUGGUGUUCUACCCGUAUCUGCUCCUCUAAGUUUCUUUGAGUGUCUGUGAAACUUGGUGUUUUUAAGAGUUAUCUCAUAACUGACUAUAUCUGUGUUGGUCUAAUCAUCCCAAACACACUGACUGAUACAGGAAUGAGUAGAUCAUCAACUCCUGUGUCCGACUGCUUUGAAAUGACUGUUUGUGUGGAUGAAGAAACUAGACCCCACUGUGUUUAAAAAUACUGCUCUGGAUUUAAAAACACUUAAGUCACACAAUUAAAGAAACUGUGUGACUGAGUCAGGGGUAGACCGUCAACUCCUACAGUCUGGAGAAUUAGCAGGUCUGUUCACGGUUAUUACAGGUGUUGCUGCUCUAACCAGGAAGUUUCUUUGAGAUGUGAAUAUCCUGUAAAAACACCAAAGUCACCUGAUACCACAAUAAAACACCUGAUGAAGGCAGAGGUAGACCAGCAGCUCAGCAGUUUAUUUCGUUAUUUAUCAAAUUUAUUCAGUUAUUUUUUCACUUAUUUUAAGCUUUUCAAAUUGAAUUUAUUAAUUAAUUUUAAAUAUAUUUAUUUUUUAUGUAAUUAUUCCAAUUUUUUAAUCAAACUUUCUUUUUCUACUUUUGUCUUUUACCUCUUUAAAAACAAUUUCAUAGCUCUUAUAUUGAGAAUCAUUUUUGACUUUGUUAAUGUGUUUUUAUGAUCUCUUUAUUUUUAUUUUUUUUGUCACUUAUUUACAGAUCUUUUUAUUUAUUUAAAACUGUUUUGUAAUGUAUUUUUCAAUUUGUUAUAAUAGUUGAUUUUUCUAUAUUAUUUCUUUGUAUUUUUUUAUUGUUACAUUUUUUUAUUUAUUUCAUAUCUUUUUUUAACAAUUUAAUGUAAUUUUCAAUGAUGUAUUUUUAUCAUUCCAUUUGUAGCUUUUAUUCAUUGAAUUCACAUUUAUAUUUUUAUAAAUAUAUUUAUCAAUAACUGUUUUUGUAAUGUAAUAGUUUAAUCAUAGUAUUAAAUUUUUUGUAUUUAUUGAUUUUGGAGGUUUGUUUAUUUAUUCAAUUGUUUGUUUUUUUCUUAUUUAAACCUUUAGUAAUGUCAUUUGCUAAACUUUUGUAAUUUUUUUUUUUUUUUAAGAUAUUGAUUCUGACCUUAAAAUUAAAAUAAAUUCAUAAUUUAAGUGAAUUUAAACCAUAAAUUUUGGUUUAAAGCGACACUUGAGAUUCUAAAACAGAAGAGCAAGUCUGAGCUCAUUUAUACUCCUCUGUUUGAGGAAAGAAAAACAGGAACUAUAAAAAAAAGACUUUAAACUUUAACAACAGAAAACAUCCUACAGUGUUAUCGCAUGUUAAAAUGGUCCAAACUGUAAAUGAAACGACCUUGAAGUGAACCUGUUUUUAAAGAUGUGAAACUUGGUCACAUGGAGGUGGAGUUAGACUUGAAUAUUUUCUAUAAAUAGGCCUUAAAAUGUUGUUGUUCCAGGUUGAUUGAAAGAAGCUUCACUUCCUCAAACCUCAAACCUCUAACCUCGGCUGUCCACCUGUUUCUGUCGGCGGAAAAAUACAGAUAUGAGGGUUUUAAUUCACUGAACACUUUUACAGGCCAGGUACAUCCAUGUAUCAUCUGCAUAUAAAGUGAUAAGAAGCUCUUUAAAAAUCCAACCCAGGAAGAGAAAGAAGAGCGCAAACAGUAGGGGGGUGUGAAUAGAGCCUUGGGGUACACCAAACAGCAGGGGGGCCAAACAAUAGAGUCGACAAAGCUUCUUCCUAACAAAUCAGAAACCACGAGAGAAGAUAGUUCUGGGUAAGAAAUAAGAGAUUUAAAAUAAAAGCUCUUUAAAAUCCCUCAAACAUUUACACUUCUGUUUUUCCUCAGCGAUGGUAUCAUCAUUUUAAGAUGAAGACUUUCUGUUCAGCUACCUUUGAAUUCAACGUUGAUUUUUAACUUUUUAAUGAUCGUUUUUAAAGCUCUUAACUGACUCGCCUCCAUGCUUUUAACCGUUCAGGAGCCGGGUAGAGCUCCGAGGUCGUCAAACUAACCUCUGCUGGAGGUGUCCAGGUCAAAACACGAACACUGGGGUGACCGAGACUUUUCAGUCGCUGGUUCCAGGCUCUGGAAUAACUGCAGGUUAUGAUGCACGGAUCCGAUUUUUUUGUGCGGUCGUUCACAUUACAUUAACGAAUGCGGCGUAUAAUAUCACGGAAUUGCCGGGAAGUGACCCCCAUUGAUGAUGUAAAGGUCAGAUGAACCCAACCUGAGCGCCCACACUGCAGUCACAUCAGAUACAUAUCUGAUUUAUAUCCACAUACAGAAGAGGACUGGGUCGGAUUAGAACCAAUCAGAACUGACCUGUUCACACUAAGAUGAAAACAUCAGAUAUGAGUCACAGAUGGUUAAAACAUCAGGAUUGACCUGCAGUCUGAACACAGGCUAAGACUUAUUUCCGACCUGGGCCUUUUUAAAUCUCGAUUGAAAACAUAUUUAUUUAUGCAGGCUUUUAAUACCCAGUAGCGUGGUGACACUUUAUUUUAUUGCAUUGUAUUUUAUUCUUUUUUUAUUGUUUUUUAUUUCCUGUUGUGAAGCACUUUGGUUCCCUGAACAGGUUGUUAUAAAGUGCAGUAUAAAUAAACAACAUUUACAUUCACAUUUACAUCAGUCAAAUGCGUGUUAAACUGGAUAUCUGCGCCCCUGGGUUGAAUUUCAAAGCUUCAAACCUGAAACCAGAUCUGACUCCAGAUCCAGCCUGAUCCCCGGCUCCGCUCCGGGCUUUCCCUCCCUCCCUCCCUUCCUCCUCUCUGCCCCGUUUCUCUGCAGCCGCCAUUUCAGGAGCUGCAGUCAGAGGCCUUCCCUCUCUGUCAUGGAAGAACAAAAGCAGCUCUGUCUUUGUCUGCAGGUUCUCCACGUUCACAUGCAGCGUUUACAUUUAACAGACACGCAAACCGCUUUCACACCCGAUCUCCGAGCGCUCUCACACAGACACACUCGAACACUCUGAAUUAAUAAUAACGCUUUAACAUGUUCCUGGAAAUUCAUGAGUGGAAAGGUCACCUGGAAACACACACUCAUCCUGUCCACUGUCCAUCUGCAGACCUUUUUUUUCUCCUUUUUUAAAAGACUUUUAUUCUGAAAUGUGAAAAUAAAAGCCCUCCACCUUUUAAAACACUUUAAUCAUCUUCAUGUUUGUUAGUUUAACACUCAAAUCUUCCACACAGGUGUCUCAGUUUCUCCAUAAAAACCACAUUUUUCUCUCUUUCUGUCAUCUAAUCUUCUCAGAGGAUCAUUAACCAUCAACAUAUUUACUCUCUCAGCUGAAUAAACUCUUAAUAUUCCAGUUUAAACCCUUUUUUACUGCUCUUUGGGGGUAUUUGUUUGCCUUUUAAACAGCGCUGUAGUUUAUUCCCCAUGUGGAGUUUGUUUGGUGUGUCAUAAUAAUCUGUAAUCUAGUCCUGCAGGCUUUUCUAACCUGAGUCCACCUCAGAUUUUACAGCAGAAUAAAUUAUGAGGGAAAAAAAAGGAUCUUUACUACUAUGGUAUGGAAACGCCUUCAAACCCCCCCAUCUCACACACACACACACACACACACACACACACACACAUAUAAAGGCCAUGGCGUAUCAAAGGAGUGUUUGAUGUCGGUCGGUGUGGGCCGGCUGGUUGAGGGAGGGGUGGGGUUUGGGAGGGGACAGACAGCAGAUGAAGUGGGGGUCGGGUUUGGGUGUUGGUGUUGGUGUUGGGGGGGUUUGAUGGUAAACAGCAGGAAUACCAAACCUCCUCUGUUACAUUACACAGAAUAGGAACACUGUACUUUAACCCACUCAUGCACUCCAACUCUGCCUCCUGUGACAAAAGAGGAACUAUCUGCUCUGCUGGCGCCCUCUGGAGGCUGCUGCGCUCAUUACACUGAAGACUGUUCACGUCCAUUUACAAGAUGUUGGUCCAUCACAGGGCUUGACCACAGACUGUAUCUAGAAUAGACGCCAUCAAGUGAAGUCACUCUGAGAACAGCGCCCUCUGGUGACAGGCUGCAGUAUAGGUCCUAAACCCCGCCUCCUUAUGGAGCUGUGGACAAACUUUCUAAAUGAAUGACACAGAAUAUAAAUGUUUCUCCCCCCUGGUUGUGAUGUUGACAUGUAGUUACUGUCAGACUGGUUUGUGCUCAAGUCCUCUUUUUUUCUGUACAGCUCCAUUUUUAAAAGUUAUUAGGGGGUUCAUGUUUUCUAUGAUUGACACCUGAUACAGCCUAUGGGAGGACAGAGAUUGAGUAGAUCACCGGGGGAUACGCUGUUUGAGCCGAGCGUCAUCACAGCGACUCUCGACGACUCUUCCGCUGAAUGUGUACAACGUUACUGCACAAUGGUUGGUUUCAGGAAGUGGAGAAAAAUCACGGAAUUACUGCGAACUUUUCGGCUUUAAAUCCGUGUACCGGCGGAAAGCGGAACCAAGUUGUCCGAAGUACCAUAUUUUUUGCACCGUAAGGCGCAUUAAAAUCCUUUUGGCUGGUCGGAGCGCUGCAGCUACCGUAGCCUCGCUGAGUUAUUGAAUGAGUUAAAUAAAGUUUGACUACCUGACUGUUUUGUUUGGCUUAAUGCGCUUUAUAAUCUGGUGCAUCUUAUAUAUGAAAAUAGAUGUGAAUAGACGCGUUCAUUGAUGGUUGCCUUAUAGCGCAAAAAAUACGGUAUAUACAGUCUACGGCCAUGAUUCUCCUAAGUUGAAAACGUAAGGAGCACACAAAGAAAUUUAGAGGCGCAAUAAAUAUCUUCGGACCUUAGUACUUAUCGUCUUAUCAUCCGACCUUAAUUUUAAGUCUUUUGGUCACAUGACAGUGAAGCUAUUGAAGGAAAACAGCCUUUUCUGAGAACAUCAACCGGUAAUUUAUUGACGGUCCCUUAUUCAACACCGACGUUGACAGUGAGGGUGUCGAGUAGAUUUAACCGUGCUGCUGUUGUUAUUCCCGGUUAUGGAGAGAGAGAAGACACCGGUAGAUCCUCAGAGAAUGUCCGUCAGAUAUCCAACCUGAAACUAACUUCACCGCUGUAUUUACAGGAAAAUAUAUCCAACCUAAAACUAACUUCACCGCCGUAUUUACAGGAAAAUAUAUCCAACCUAGAAACUAACUUCACCGCCGUAUUUACAGGAAAAUAUAUCCAACCUAAAACUAACUUCACCGCCGUAUUUACAGGGAAAUAUAUCCAACCUGAAACUAACUUCACCACCGUAUUUACAGGAAAAACAUUUGUUGAUUUUUUUAAUGUGCCCCUGAAUACAUUUUACAAUUCGCACACAUCUAUUUUAGUCACAAAUGCGAGUGAAAUGGUCGCACUGUCGAACCCUGCGUCUGACAUGGUCUUGAAAGUUCUAACAUCACCUCAACAAAAUGUUUCACCAAGAGUCACUGAGAGUAAAAGAGAAGAACGUCAGAGGAAAUAAAAACACUCUCCUAAGUCCUUAUCUCCUCAGACGGGUUCUCCUGAGGAUCCUCUAUCUUUGAGGAGAACUUUCCAAAGUCCCUGAAUUUCUGUGUGCUCAUUCAAAAGUCCUCAUCUCUUCAGGAAGGUCUUUCCAUACUUCUAAUCUCUUAAAAAGUUCUUAUCUCCUCAUGAGGGUUAAUGUUCUCGUACCAUGUGGGUGUUGUUCUACAGACCUUACUAUCUCAUGGAAGUCCUUAUCUUCUCAUGUAGGGUGUGCAAACUUUGUCUUCUCCUCACUAAAGUUGUUUUGAAGUUCUUCUGUCCUCAGGCAGGUUGCCCUUAAUCCAUGGCAGAUGUUUCAAAGACCCUAUCUAAUUUUUUUGAUGGUAAAGUCCUGAUCUCCUCAAGAUACUUUUGUCUUAAAGUCUCAUAGGAUGGUUUUCAAAAGUCCUCAUCUCCUCAGGAAGGUCUUUCCAUACUUCUAAUCUCUUCAAAAGUUCUUAUCUCCUCACGAGGGUAAAUGUUCUCGUACUAUGUGGGUGUUUACCACAGACCUUACUAUCUCAUGGAAGUCCUUAUCUUCUCAUGAAGGGUGUGCCAGCUUUGUCCUUUCCUCAGAUAGUUGUUUUGAAGUUCCUCUGUCCUCAGGUAGGUUGCCCUAAAUUCAUGGCAGAUGUUUCAAAGCCCCUAUCUACAUAAUAAGGUCAUUCCAAAGUCCCAGCUUGGCUGCAAAAUACUUAUUUUUAGGAGAGUAAAGUCCUGAUCUCCUCAAGAUAGUUUUAGUCUCAAAGUCUUAGGAUGGUUUUCAAAAGUCCUCAUCUCCUCAGGAAGGACAUCUCUAAGUCUGUGUCUCUUCAGGGAGGUUAUUCCAGAGUCCUGAUCUUGAGCAGAUAGUUUUUCAAAAUCCUUACCUCUCAGGAUGUGGUUCCAACUUCUUUAUAAGUCCAGGGAAGGACUCUAAAGUUCUCGUCUUCUCACGUAGGUCAUUCCAGAGUCCUCAUCUUCUCACAUAGUGUGUGCAAACUUUGUCUUCUCAGGAUCGUUGUUCUGAAGUUCCUCUGUUCUCAGGCAGGUCGCCCUUAAUUCAUGGCAGAUGAUUCAAAGUCUCUAUCUUCAACAUAAGGUCAUUCCAAAGUCUUAGCUUGGCUGCAAAAUACUUAUUUUUAGGAAGCUUAAGUCCUGAUCUCCUCAAGAUAGUUUUUGUCUCAAAGUCUCAUAGUAUGGUUUUCAAAAGUCCUCAUCUCCUCAGGAAGGACAUCUCUAAGUCUGUGUCUCUUCAGGGAGGUUGUUCCAAAGUCCUGAUCUUGAGCAGAUAGUUUUCCAAUAGUUUUUUUUGGGAUUGCUGAUCCAAAGUUCUUAUCUUCUCAUGUAGGUUGUUCCAGAGUCCCAGUCUCCCCGAGGAAGUUGUUCCAAAGUCCUUUUCUUCACAUACUGGUCCGUCCAAAGUCCUCUUCUCCUUUGGAUAGCUGAUCCAAAGUCCUCGUCUUCUCAGGUAGGUCGUUCCAACCUCAUCUUCUCCUCAAGGUCGUUGUUUCAAAGUCAUGAGAUCUUCAGUGAGAUGUUUUAAAUUACUCCUUUUAAAGUUCUUUUCUCCACAUUCAGGUUGUUUUAAAGUCCGUUAAUGAAUGUCAGAGUUCGUAAAUGGAGAACAAAAGUGGACCUUAAUAUGAACCUUGCAGAACACCACAUGUAAGUUCCCUUUUAUACGCAGGCCCAGCAGGUUGGACCUCUGCUGGAUAACAUUCUGAACUCCAAAAUACUGAAUGAAUUCUCUUUAAAAUGUACAGAAGAAACACGUUGUUGAUCCUCAAAGACCUGUACCGAUCUCAAAACUCUCGAUUUAUAACUUUUUAAAUUUCACAACCGGUGAAGUCGCCCCCUGCUGACCAUAGGGAGAAAUGCAUGUUAAAGACUCUUCUGGUCUGGCCUUAUCUUUGAGACUCUCCAUAUUUGUCUUUUUAUCAUCAGCUGUCUCGAACAGAGUCGUACUGAGUCCUUACCCUGUCCCCGACAAAAACCAUCAGACCAGUAAAGCUGCGGCUCUCAUGGCCCAGUGUUCCCACAGACAGAGACAGAGCAGCUCCAGUUAGAGGAGGGGCCGUACUCAGAGUUUGGACAGGAGUCGUCUCAUGAUCCAGCAGAUCCUCCCGUUACAUCAGGGGUGGAGUGAGGCGAGCCUCUGAUCGAUCACAGAUGUUCCGUUUCACUCAGACAAAUAAAUAAAAACAAACCGGAUCUUAUGAAAGUCCCUCCAGGCGUUCCCAAGAUGUCACACUCAAAAUUCCAGGACAGGAGGAAUGUCCAGAGCGGGUUAUUUUAGGACGCCGUGACGGACAAGUCACAUUAAUGUUGAAGUGAGAAAAAAACUGAACAACCGUCAACGAUUGACCACCAGGUGUCCCUGAAAUAACGUCAUCAUGUUGAUGAUGUUCAGCAGAUUUUACACAAGAACACAAGUAUUUAUGUGAGAAAUGAGACACCGACUAAUAAUCAAAAAGAAACGUUUAUUUUAUAAUUAUGAGUCAUUUUACUACGAUAAUUGUUACUCAACACAAUAAGAUAUUACACAAAUACAUCUAUAUGAAAAAAAAUUAUAGAUUAUAUGAUAUUACACAAAACCAUCCAUUAUGAUACUGACCCCAGAAACACUAAAGUUUCCAUUUGGUUCCACUGAACACGAGACCGACUCUCUUUUCACAUAAUUUGGAAUAAUUCAAUAAAAUAUAGUUUCUUAUAAAAGUACAAAAGUAUAACACAGUUUGACACAAUAUGAACAAAAAGAUUGUGUACAGUGAUACAGUAUGGUACAGUGUGAGACAAUAGAUUGCAACAUGAUAUAUUAGUAUAAGGUUCAAUAUGAUAUAAAGGAGAAAAGACAUGGUUGGAUACCAGGAUUACACUAUAUAUAAGAAUAACUUUAUUUUUUAUAAGAACAAAAUAUAUAAAAAAUAAAAAAAAUCUAUAAGAAUUAUUUAUUGAAUAAAAAAUAAAUUUGAAGAAUAAUGAUUUAUAUAAAUAAAAUAUGAUACAGUACAGAAUUAAAUUAUACAGUACGGGAUGAUACGAUAAGAAUACCAGAAGAUGCAACGCAAAGUGAUGGGAUACAAUACAUUAUUCUAUAAUAUGAUAUUAUAUGAUAUAACAUGACGCAAUACCAGAGAUUAUGAUACAAUUUUAUAGUAUUUGAUAUAAUUCUAAAGGAUACAAAGGAAUAUAAUCAGUCACAGUUUGAUACAAAAUCAACAAAAUGAUAAUCAGAUACAGUAUAACUUAGUAAAUUAAUAUUACAUUAGAUACAAUAUGAUCAAAUAUGAUUAUUCAACAUGAUACAGUCUUAAAUGAUACUUGAUAUCAUUUCUACAGUGAAACAGAUAUUUUGACAUGUUUUUUCUUUUCCAGAUGUGACCCUUUUUGUCCUCCUAACACUUCAGCAGAUGGACAGGUGAGUUCAGGUAGAAAUGAUGGGACCCUUAAACAGAGCCGUGUGUAUGUGUGUGUGUGUGUGUGUGUGUGUGUGUGCGUGCGUGUGUGUGUGUGCUGCAGCUGUGGGUCAUUACUGCCUCACAUCAGACAUGAUAAUUAAAGCAGGAAUGUUUUCAGGCGGGUGAAAAUUGGUGUGAGUUGGGUUCAGGUUCAGACUUGAUGUUGGAGACUCGGAGGGUCGUCACUGAGACUCAGCUGGUCAGGAGAACGACAGAAACCACCUGAGGGGUUCAGGAUUUCAUUCAGGGACUUUUUAGAAAUUCUAGCUGAAGUUUGUGAUUAGACUGAGGUUUUAUUUUCUGUGAUACGACUUCGAUCAUUUUUAGAUAUUAAACACUUAAUGACCCACUCCGAUGAAAAUCAUGUUUUUCUUGUUGUCUACAUGUUCACAUGUUCAUUUUUCUGAUGCUACAGGAGAAAACUGAGAGCAAAACUGAAUUUCUGAGGAUUUCUGGAUUUCUACAUUUAGUCUUCAGUUUGAUGUCUUUUAAUUAUUUUGUCUCACUUUUAAUCCAAAACAUACACAAAACUUUAAUUAUUGUCUUAAGGAUGUUGUUCUCCAGUUAAAUUUUAGUUUUGAAGCUUAAAACCAAAAAUAUUCAACUUUUGAGAACUUCUGCAUAGACUAGAUAACAAGAUAUUACAGAUCAUAAUAAUGUCAAUAAAAAGAAGAUAACACGUCGCCAAACAUGACGACAAUCCAUCAUUUAAUUCAUUUCAAACACGGUGUCAUUUUACAAAAUAUGUUCAUUUUUUAAAAAAAUUAAACAUUUAAAAAAAUAACAGAAACGUUUUACACAAAAUAAAGAAAAUUUCCAAAGAAUAGAAACAUUGUGUUGAAAAAUUUAAACAUUAUUUAAAACAGGCAAAUUAAUUCUAAACAUGUUGUCAUUUUCCAGAUUGUGUAUAUAUGUGUGUAUAUAUAUAUAUAUAUCAGGUCACCGGGUCAUGGUCAUCGUUGAACGGGUCGCGGGGGAGAUGUUUGGUUGAAGUUAGUCCAGUUGACCUCGAAAUGAAGAAUCAGAUUUCAAAAAUACUGCUGACUGAGACUUUUAUCUUCAAAGACAGCGCCACCAAGUGGUCAGACAACAGCAGAGGCGACAGAAGGAAGUUCAUGUUUCUGUUUCUGACAUAAAACUGAAUUCACUGGUUAUUAGAAACGUUCAAACUCCUGAUCCUGGUCCAGGAGUUCUGGUUUUGGUCUCUUUAAUACCGGGUUAUUUAUUCCAAAACAUGAGGUGAGAUUUGGAACGAUUAAUGAAUAAUUGAAUGGAACAUUUUUGCAUUUAUUAACAUCCAUAUCUAUUGAUAACUACCUUUUUAAUUCAUAUCCAGAAGUUUCUGUUUCUGGGAGAAGCAGGAUGUUUGCAGACGCUCGGGAAAUUGAUGUUGAUGACAUGAUAAAAUUCAACUAUGUCAUAAACCUGCAGGAUAUUUUGGAAGAACGUCUCUUUGUUUAGUCGGCAUUAAGAAACAAAUAUAUUUAAAACUAAAGUUAGGAGGUUUCCAGGGUUGACAAAGUUACCGUAAUAACUGUAAAAAACUGUCACUCUGCAGAGUUUCAGAGCGAGGUCAGACUGA